AUGCGGAUCGUAGUCGCACAUCGAUGCCUCGCAGCACUGCUGCUAGCUCUACUCUUGACAGCAACGCCAAUCGCAGCUCGAAGUCGUCAAAGUGGACCUCUUCGACGCAUAGCAAGGACGACCGAUGUCAAGCUCGAUACCUUGACACCGACAAGGUCAUCUGCACGCAAACGCUCCAACAAUCAGCCAGCGACACAGCCACCUCUACGACUUAGCUUCCGCGCUUUCGAACAAGACUUUCACUUGCAUCUCCAGCCCAACGAAGACCUCUUGCAUCCUGAUGGCACCACGGUCAAGUACUAUGGCUACAACAAGACCACAGGCGAAAGUUUUGUCACAAGUAUCGGCAAGCUCUAUCCGGGUGAUGUACGUGCCUAUCACGGCGUUGUCGUUCACCCUUCACACUCUCUUCGACGAUUAGAUGAAGAUCGAGCCGGCAUCGCUCGUGAUAUCUACCAGGACCGUGAUCUUGGCGUUGUCGGUCGAGCCGCUAUCCUGCUACAUGAUGAUGGUUCCGUUACCGGAGCACCGACCUUUGAAGGUAGCUUCGACUGGUUUGGCAACGUUCAUCAUCUUGCAACACCGCAGAGCUACCUUGCCAAGCGACAGCUGAACGACCCCUGGAUCGAGCCACGAUCACAGCAGAUUGGCUCAAUGAUCGUACAUCGAGACUCGGACGUCGCUCUCGAGUCCAGAGAUGAGCAGUCGAGCUCGCGCUCCAACGUCACCGUAGCUUUGGGAUGCUCAUCGGAUCUCCUUGACUACAACACACACAACCGACUUGUACUCAGCCAGGACCACAACGACGAAAUGAGUCGUUCCGUCUACUCGUUCUUCAAGCUUCCAACGCCAGCUCGACUCGCUCGCCGUGAUCUCUUCUCGGGCUGGAACGACCUUUUCACACGAUCGGUCCAAGACCAAGUCAUCGAGUCGCCACAGGCAUCUUCGGACGACUUUGUCUACCACGAAGACCUGGAUGACUACCUCGAGCCCACAUUCCGGAGGAGGCAGGCAACUGGUAAUGACAUUGGCAACGGUGGCAACGAAACCAACAGCUACGAAGACGUCAUCGGCUCGACCAUUGGAUGCCCAAGGAGUGCCCGAGUCGUCUAUGCAGGUAUUGCCUCGGACUGCGCUUAUACACAGCGUAUCGGCAACCAGGACGACGCACGCAGGGAGAUCUUGAGCAACAUGAACUCGGUCUCGAACGUGUACAGAUCCACAUUCAACGUCUCGAUCGGCGUGGUCGAGCUCGAUGUUCGCUCGGGCAACUGUCCCUCUUCGCCUACGCAGGAUGCACCAUGGAAUUUAGGUUGUGGCACUGUCAGCAUCGACCAACGCCUCAGCGACUUCUCCCAGUGGAGGUCUCAGCAGCCUGGCAAUGGCAUCGGACUCUGGCAUCUCAUGACGGCGUGCAAUUCUGGUAGCGAGAUUGGUGUCGCCUGGCUCGGUACCGUUUGCAUGACAUCCGCAUCGAGCAGCAGCGGCCAGACCGUCAGUGGAACAGGUGUCAGCUCGAUCGCUACGCGGCAAUGGCAGGUCAUGGCACACGAGAUGGGGCACAACUUUGGCGCCAUUCACGAUUGCACCAACGGCUGUACGAGUAACUCGAACUUUGCCGUCCAGAAUGGUGGUGCGCCAUGCUGUCCACUAUCAGGAACAACGUGCAACGCCAACGCUCAGUAUAUCAUGAACCCAUCGUCGCGAGCCAACACCCAGAACUUCAGUCAGUGCUCGAUCGGUAAUGUCUGCACUUUACUCGGACGGGGCUUGGACACGUCUUGCAUCCAGAACCCUGGACAGCGAAGUACGCUGAGCACCGAGCAGUGCGGAAACGGCAUCUUGGAACCGGGCGAGGAGUGCGACGCUGGACCUAAUGGUUCGCAGUGUUGCACACCUCAAUGCAGGCUGGCACAAGGCGCUCAGUGUGAUCCAGCAACCAGCGCUUGUUGUUCCAACUCGUGCAAAUUUGCACCAUCAUCCCAGAUGUGCCGUCCCUCGGUCGAUACGCGAUGUGACACGGAAGAAUACUGUACCGGUACUUCCGCCGAAUGUCCCGCUGAUCAGACUAAUGCUGAUGGAAGCUCUUGUGGCGACGGACUGUCUUGCGCUAACGGCCACUGCACCUCUCGCGACCUUCAGUGCCAGCAGGCUUCCACGGGUCAGAUCACCUUCCGUUCCGCUUGCGCUGCUUCGAACGCCAAUUCGUGUCAGUUGACGUGCCAGAGCCCCAACUCGCGCAACCAGUGUCUCAUCCUGCAGCAGCCCUUCAUCGACGGCACCAGCUGUGGCUAUGGUGGACGCUGCGAGAACGGCGAGUGCAAGUCGGGCUCGUGGCAGAGCACCUUCCGAAACUGGUACACGGACAACCUCAGGAUCUCGAUCCCAGUGACCAUCGUCAUUGGCAUCAUUGUUCUGUUCAUUCUGUGGGGUAUCCCAUACGGACACUCAAACAAUACUGGCUGGGUCGAUCCUGCCGCCUACAAUGGAUCUGGAGGCUACAACGCGCCCAAUCGAUACUGA